AUGCCGUGGCCGUGGUGCUUUCCAUUCAAACAGGGCCAAUCAAAGAUCGCAAAGAAAUCUCCACUUCCACCAGACGACGAGACUGGCUUGAAGUUGCUCAUCAUUGCUGUUCAUGGCCUGAAUGGCCACCGCGAAAAUUCAUGGACGGCAGCCAAUGGGGUAAACUGGCUCCGUGAUCUGCUGCCAGGUGAUAUGCCCAACACUCGAGUCCUUUCCUGGGGUUAUAGUUUGCCCACUGCGGGAAACUCCGAUGAGACAUCAUCCCAACAGAAACUAUCUGAGCAACUAGUCUGUGACCUGUGGGAAAUGAGAUCGUCAACAAACAGAGUUGCCAUUGAUUAUCACCAGGCCCUGCUUUAUGCCGACUCAGCACAAGAAACCCCUACUACGGACCUCCGCAGCACCAGACUCUUAACUCGUGGAGCGAUCUUCAUGGGGACACCUGAGCUAGAUUCAAGGCUCAUUGGACUGCAAAGCUACUUAGCUAAUGCUAAAGGAUCUGAGCAGGAGUCCAGCGAUACUUAUAAGGAAGCACAUUGGUUGGUGACUAUAUUACAAACCUACCCAUCGAUCAGCCAACAGUUUUGGACUUUAUUUGUUCAUGAGAGACUCGACUCUCCGUCAACAAACAAUACAUUGGACCAGUUGCCUUUGAACAAGACUGCGUCGUCUCCACUACAGGAUAAUUCGUCACAUAUUUUCAUUCAAGCUGAUCACGGUGGAAUGAUCAAGUUUGAAUCAUCACUGGACGAGGGUUAUUUGAAAAUUAAAGAGCAUCUGGUUUACGUUGAAAAGAUGCUGAAAUGA